AUGGCUUCAGGAAGCAAAGGAAGUAUCAGAAUAACGGCAAAGAAGCAGAAGCUUCAAGACAAAUCAGCUAAACCAACUAAAAGUCUACCGGAAAAAGAUAUUGAGGAAGACAAGUCAAUAUCAAACGAAGAAGAAGAAGAAGAAGAUGAUGAUGAUGAUAAUGAUGAUAAUGACAGUGAAGAGGAAGAUGAAGAUGUUGAUGAAUUAGAAGACGAUGAUGACGAAGUUGACCUUGACCAGGCAAGUAGCAGCGAUGAUAGUGAUGAUGAAAAACCAGAUGAUGGAGAUAUUCCUCACAGAAACAAUAAACCAAAGCGUCAUAAGAACGAUGAUGGUACUGAAUCAUUUUCUAAUGCCAUUGGGGCCCUUCUUAACUCCCAUUUGAAGGCUCAUGAUCGUGCUGAUCCAAUUUUUGUACGUCAAAAGAAAAGCAUAUUGAAACAGAAGCAGGAUGAGAAGCUUGAAUUGAAAGCCAGGAAGAUUUUGAACUCCGAAAAGAAGCUUCGAAAUGAAAAAUCUCAUAUCACCAAUCUUUUACCAUCAGCAGAGGCCAGCAAUGCCAGGCAAGUUUUGGAAUACGAGCGUAAAUUGAAGAAAACUGCUCAAAGAGGGGUAAUCAAGUUAUUCAAUGCUAUCUUGACCACCCAGGUAGGGGCCCAAAAUGAAGUCAAAGAUGAGAAAAUGCUUUUCGGUAAGAAAGAAGAGAAAAUGAAUGAAAUAUCAAAAGAGAAAUUUAUGGAUUUGGUCAAGGCUGCUAAGUAA